UGGCGCGGGUGAUGGUGUCGUUGAACCGAUCGGUAGUGGCCGUUUGUGGUAUGCGGGCUGCGCUUCCUGCCCUCCUCACCUCCUUCUGCCCGCCGGCCUUUCAGGCACCGAAAACGGUAGUAGCUGAAAUUCUUUUAUCGCCCCCGCUUUUCCUCGCUGUCUCCCGUUGCAGGCGUGGCGGUGUGUGUCUGUGAGCAGGGGAAGGCAGGGCAGCCAUGCUUCCGUCCUUCAGUUACGUGACUGACCACACUGGCUUCUGUGGUACGAUCAAAAAGUCGCCCAGCGAUUUCAUAGUGACAGAAAUAGAGGUGCCCCAACACUUACUGAGGGAUACUCGGCCUGAAUCGCUUCAGAAAACCGCCGAAGAGCCGCUAGAGCAAAGUACCCCGGGGCCGCAGCAACCCAAUGAGCUGAGCGCGGGGUCCCACGGCCUGUAUGCCGAGGGCUGUCCCGGUGCCGUGCCCAGUCCUUCGGAGCAGGACACAAGCGACUGUUCAGCAUCCCCUAACAAAAAGCAGCGCGAGGGUGAACCUGAACUGAAACCGGACCUUGGGGAAGGCCAUAUACUGGAUUCCUUACUAGGGAAAUCCAUGUGUGAGCGGCUUCAUCAGUUUGCCUGGGAUAUGAAGGACACGUGGGACCGGGACAGGGAUGCCGGCGGUGGCGCUGGAGAGUUUUCGCUGGGACCUGUACUGGACAAGAAAAGCCGAGCUAGCCUACACAGUGCUGUCAGGCAGAAAUUCCCCUUUCUGGUCACUGUUACGAAAGGCAAUGAAAUGAUUGUGAAAGGGAAUGGAGAUUACAGAGAACUGUGUCAGCUCGUGACUGAAAAGGAAACAAGUGAUUUCUUUAAGUUUUUAGAUGCAAAGCUAGAAAAUUCUACAUUUUCUUUUGAGCCUGAUGGGGCCAAAGCGCACAGAAAAGUAGUUCACCACUUCAUCAAUAGAAAGUUUGGAAAGCUUUUAGAAACAAAGUCUUUUACUGUGUCAGAUGUCAAUGAUCAGCCCAAUAUGUCAAUAAUGGUGCGUUUUCGAGAAAAAGGUUGGUCCAGGAAAAGGUCUGCUGCUGGCUUCAAGGCAAAACAAGAUCUUUAUACAGCUUUCACCCUUCAGAAAGAAAACCUAGAAACACUGGAAGCAAUCAGCUUCUUGGCUGCUGAACUUGGUGUUCUUCCUUCAGACUUCAGUUAUACUGGCAUCAAAGAUAAGAAGGCGAUUACUUACCAACCUAUGGUUGUGAAGAAGGUGACACCUGAGAGGUUGAAAGAAAUUGGAAGCAAAAUGGAAAAAAAGGGUAUCAGAAUACACAACGUGCAUUCAGCAUGCCAGCACCUGAGACUUGGUCAGCUGAAGGGCAAUCACUUUGAUGUAGUUGUGAGAGAUCUUAAACACCACAAUCAUGACGCUUCUGCAGAUCUGAAAAUGAGAAUAUCUGAAGCAAUGGAAAAUGUUGAGACAAAAGGUUUUGUAAAUUACUACGGACCUCAGCGAUUUGGGCAAGGACAAAAUGUUCAGACAGAUCAAAUAGGACUGGCUUUACUGAAUGAAAAAAUGGUGAAAGCUGUGAAGUUAUUCUUUACACCUGAAGAUACUGAUGACCCUGUAAACAACGCAAAAAGAUACUUUCUUCAAACUGAAGAUGCAAAGGGUGCACUUGUGAUGCUGCCAGAAUUUAAAGUGAGAGAGAAGAUGUUGCUACGAGCUUUACAUCGCUAUGGUGUAAAUCAUGAAGGUUGUACCAAAGGAUGGCUCAACAUUCCUCAUUCCAUGCGCAUAUUCUAUGUCCAUGCUUAUUGCAGUAAAAUUUGGAAUGAAGCAGCAUCAUAUAGGCUGAAGAUCUAUGGUUCGAAAGUUGUUGAGGGUGAUCUUGUUGUCUCAGAAGAAAAUGAUGAAAACAUUUCCUUGAAUGACAAGGUUCAUGUAGUCACUGCUGCAGAAGAAUUGGCUAACAAAUACUCUAUAAACCAAGUGGUGCUUCCAGUGGUGGGACACAGUAUCCAGUAUCCCAGUAAUAAAGUUGGGCAAUGGUACCAUGAAAGGCUUUCUAAGGAUGAGCUGCAGAUGUGCAAAUUCAGAGUGUCUCCUCUACAGCUGAAUAUACCUGGAUGCUACAGACCCAUUUUGAAGAAAGUUCAGAAUUUGUCAUAUUUUUUUGAAGUCAGUGAAAAAGGAAUCAAAAUUGAAGACAACCAUCUAAAUGAAUCAAAAGUCUCUCUUCAUAUAUCAUUUGACCUUGAUCCUUCAUGUUAUGCAACAGUUUGUUUAAGAGAAAUAAUGAAAUGUGACUUUUAAGAUAGCAGUUAAUGGAAGACUGUAGGAAUAUAAUACAAUGGUGAUAUGUUAUGUGUAAUGCCAAGAAAAUAAGGGAGAAUAACAGGUUCAAGCCAGGAACGGGAACAAUUUGUAGAUUGAGAUUCAUAUUGCUUAGGAAAAUAAGCCCACUCAAAACCUUUGGAAUGUUCCAAACAUUCCAAACCCUAAAUGGAAACCUUUGGAUGCAUUGGUGUAAAACUGUGUUUUAUGCUAGGUAGGUCUAACAGAACAUGAAGAAACUAUGGGCUGCAAGCAUGUAUUUCAUGUCUGCAUAGACGUCUGCCUUGCAAAGUUAAACCCUGGAAAAAUGUUUGCAGUAAAGAAAUGCACCCUUUAUUUCAUAAUCUUUUUUCAUAAAGUGGUUUAUACUAAGUGCCGUUCAAACAAUGUUACAAGUUUGCAGCCUACAGGUAUCUAACUGAAAAGUUGCUGUACUGAGGUGCAUUAAAUACAUUAUGGUUUUUUUUUGUUGUGUGCAGGUACUAAGUGUUAAAGUCCUGAAUCAACAGUGACAAGUUUGAUGAAUCCCCUAACUAAGUUAAUGCCAAGGAUUCCGGAAUUAAGUACUGCAUAGCUGUUAGUUAGAACCUGUUUGAGUAAGCUCAGCAAGAUGAGGUGAGUAAUUAACAUAGCUGCAAAACCACUCAAAUAAAACCAGACCCCUGUUUUACUGUUUA